AUGGUCACGGUUGAUAACACACCUCUGCUCAUGAACCGAAUUGUGAGGAACGAGUUCGUCUACGAGACCUUCGAAACCAAGUCGAUCAGCGGAAUUGUCUCCGACAUCGUCACUCCCAACAAGGAUACCAUCAAGUCUGUCGAGGUAUUCCUGGGAGACAUCCUCACUCAGAUUGUUGUCAUCGAAGAUUACGUCAAAAUCAUGGUUCCCUUCUGGUACAAAAACAAGAUCUGCGGCCUGUGCGGAGACUUCAACACUGAACGAGUUGAUGAAUUCAAACUGCCGAACGAUAAGGUAGCCGACAGCUUGACCAGCUUCAUCAGCGCCUACUCUUCGGACAAGUGCUACACCCGAAUGUAAGCUGAUUGCACUCAAGGCACGACAAGAACAAUUCUGAUUGACAGACGGAAGGACGACAAUGUUUUUUUUUCUACAACAAAAACAAUCAACAGAAUUUGAAAGGAAAACCAAUUAUUGAACUGAAAUGACUCUCACUGCAUG